GCACUUCCGGUGUGCGUGCCCACCGUCGCCAGCACUGAUGAGGGCUUUCAUCUGAGGGAUCCGCGGAGGAGGAGCUCGGCGUGGUCUCGACCUCACCGAGGCGCCCUGUGCUGGCCCCGAGGCCCCCGAGGCGCACGGAAGGUGGUAGAGUCAUCCAACCCACAUGUGAGCAAGAAGACGUGGGAUGCAUGCUCAGGGAGACCCAGCUCGGCUAAGGCCCAUCUGGGCUGGCUUAUGGAGACAUGGACAAGAGCCCACAGAGUACAGGCUCACAGGGAGCACACAGCAAACUCCUAAGGGGCUCAGAGAGAAGAGCUUCAUCCGUACUUAUCACUUCCAAGCUGAUGGGAUCACCAGGCAUGUGUGUGUUUGAUUUUUGAUAGGAAAGGGAGAGAGAGACGGACAGAUUCAGAAGGGAAACCUAGAGGCGGGUGCCUCACACUGCCCGACUGUACACGGGGUGAUGAUGUGUGUGGUCAGCGCCCGGGCAGGUGCAUCAGGGGUCAGGUGGAACAGUUGGCCCAGUCACCAUCCUCACCCAACAGGCCAGGGCUGGAGCAGCACAGGGAGGCGGUGGAUGUCCAUGAGGUCCCAGCUGCCUGCACCCUGCUAAGCCCUCUCCAGUGAGAGCUGCUGGUCUCUCCAAAUGUGUGUGCUUUGGGCCCUGCAGCCACUCCAGGGGCCCCUGGGGAAUGUGAGUUCACAGUGGCUUUUGGAAGGAAUAAUGAUCAGACACAGAUUGGCCACAGCACAGCAGCUUCCAGAGGCCCAGGGAGUUGGGAGUCCCAGUGCAGACAAGGGCCCAGAGUCACCCCUAAUUGGCCUUGGGAGGCCCUGAGUCCCAGCCCUGCCAGGUGCACAAAGUCCUCCCUGGCAGAGUGAGGCCAAGGGCAGCAGACUCGCACACUGCCCGGCUGACAGGACGAGGCCAGGAGGCAGAGGUGAGCAAGCUGUCCCCUCUCCUGUCAAAGACCCAGGGCCUUCGGGCAACCAGAACUGCAUGCCAGCAACUCUCUCUGGGACUCCUGUGCCCACCUCUGCCCCUCCCAGUCCUUUCCCUACCAGGAAGUCUCAGCUGGAGAGAGGAGAGACAGAGGGCCUUGGUGCCCACUUCACUCAGUUCAGCACAGACCAUGUCAACAGUGCGAGGGACUCUGGGUAGGUAGGACCUGAUUGUGUGGCCUUGGGUGAGACCUGACCGUCACCUGGGAAAGGCAAGACCAAGGGGCUCACCUGUCAGGGCCCCCAGGGUCGAGGGUGGCCAUUUCCAUGGGGACACAGCCGAGCUGGGGUAUACAGUGAGCACUCAGGGCCUGCACUCAGCAGGGGAGGCAGUGACCGCCGUCACCUCCCCGCCAGCCUGGCCGGGACUUAGGGUCACCGAGAGCAGAGCCUCUGCACUCCACGUGGAGGCCACCCCUCAGGGUGCUUUGUGAAGCCCAGGCUCUGAGUCUGCAGGUAGUGCAGGGCGGGGCCAGGGAGCAGCCCCUGCACUCACCACUCCAGGUGCUGAGGACUCCCUGUCCACCAGGAGGUCAGGAGUGCGGGCAGGGCCAGGUGAGGCGGAAGCUGCAGGUGCCCAAGAGCUCUCAUUGCAGGGACCCAAGGGUGCAGCUGAGCCUCUCACAGCAGGGGCCACACUCAGACUCUAGACCUUGGCUUUGGGGUGGAUUCUCUACGUUUUCAGCCCGUCGCAAGGACAACCCACAUGGGCAGUAUUUUGAGACGGGACAUCAGAAAGCCUUGCCCGGGGUAAGAAGUACCAGACCAUUUCAUUCAAACCCGUGAGCUCACAGUGGGAAAAGCUGCUUGGUAGAGGGUGGGGGUGGAGCGCCCUCCAACGCGUGAAGGUGAGCCCUGCCAAGGGGUGCAGCAGCUGUGCCCACCCACCCAGGGCACCCAGUCACUGCCCGGAAGACAUAGCAGCCCCCGCCCAGCCAAGCUCUGUACACAGUGGCCUGGGUCUCUCUGCUGGUGACCAGGAGAGCCCAGCUCAGCGUGGUGACAAUGACAGGAGGGGAGAUGGGUGAGGAAUGUGCAGAUGGAACUGGGCAGAGCCCCCUCUGCUGUCUGAGAAAGAAAGAGAGGCCUCACCUGAGCCCCAGCCCUAAGAGGGGCAGGGCACAGGGCAGGCAGGUAGACUGCAGGAGGGCACAGGCAUCCUAUAAACCUGCGCUGGGCUUAUCCUGACUGCUUCUCAGUCCAGGAGCCUCAGCUGACCGCUGGCUGACCAACAUCCAGACACGGAGGGGCUUCUCCAGAUACUUGGGUGCAGGGGACUGGGAUGAUUGACGCUGCUGUGGUCAGGCCGGGGUAGGCGAAGCCAAGAGGGUCAGGGUCCUGCCGUGAGAUGGGGUGAGAUAAGGAACCAGGAGUGCAAACAGCCCAGCCCAGGAGCGCAGGAGAGCAGGUGUCUGAGGAGCAGGACGGGGAGGCGGGGAGGCUGCCCUCACCAAGUCACUCACUGCUGCCUCCCCAGAGCCCCCGAGAGCCCCCGUGCAGAGUCUGCCCCACCACGUCCAUGGAUCCAGUGAGUCAGGGUCAGUUUCCUUCUCCAGGCCAGGCUGAGUCCAUGGAAGGAGCAGUGGGCGGCUCUCAGCAGGCAGCGUGGCUCCAGCAGGUCCCUGUGCUCCUUGGGCCAAGUGACUGAGGGACUGUGGCCUGAUCCUCUCACUGCUCUCAUUCCCUCUGCAGCUGCCCCAGUCAGGGCCAUGCCCAUUCACAGAAAUGCAACCCUCUCAGUGGCAUCCUGGGGGCCGUUUGUGCUAGAGGGGUUUGGGGGAGGUGUGAAGAUCCAGGCCCUGCUCUCUGCUGUGUUCCUGGCCCUGUACGUGGUGAGCGUCCUGGGCAACCUCACCAUGAUCGUGGUCAUCAGCCUGGAUGCCCGACUGCACUCCCCCAUGUACUUCUUCCUCAAGAACCUGUCCUUUCUGGACCUGUGCUACUCCUCGGCCAUCGCCCCCAACGCCCUGGCCACCAUGUUCUCCUCUUCCAAGGUCAUCACGUUCGCCGGCUGUGCCACUCAACUCUUCUUCUUUUCCCUGUUGGCUACCACUGAGGCUUUGCUCCUGGCCGUGAUGGCCUAUGACCGGUUCAUGGCCAUCUGCAGCCCCCUGCGCUACCCAGUCACCAUGAGCCCCUCAGCCUGUGCCCGCCUGGUGCUGGGUGCCUACGGUGGGGGCUGCCUCAACUCCCUGGUGGAGACCAGCCUCACCUUCCAGCUGCCCUUCUGCGGCUCCACCCGCAUCGACCACUUCUUCUGUGAUGUGCCCCCACUGCUGCAGCUGGUCUGUGCCGACACAGCCCUCAACCAGCUCGUCAUGUUUGCCAUGUGUGGACUCAUCAUCGUGGGCACUACUCUGGCAGUCCUCAUCUCCUACGGCUACAUCGUGGUGACCAUCCUCAGGAUGCGCUCUGGAUCCGGGCGACACAAGGUCUUCUCCACCUGCGGCUCCCACCUGACGGCUGUGUCCCUGUUCUACGGGACUGUCUUUGUCAUGUAUGCUCAGCCAGGGGCUGUGCAGUCCAUGGAGCAGGCGAAGGCGGUGUCUGUCUUCUACACCCUGGUCAUCCCGAUGCUCAACCCCCUCAUCUAUAGUCUGCGGAACCAGGACGUGAAGGAAGCCCUGGGGAGGCUGGGACAGAGAUGCACAGCCACGUGAGGCAGAGGCUGUGACAGACAGAGCCCAGGGGGCUGGAGCGCAGGUCUGAGACAGAGAGAGACCCUGGGCACUGACUGGCUUUCCACGCUUCUUGCUUCCACAUGAGGUGUGUGUUCAGAAAUUGGUUUGUCCUCCACUCAAUCCUUUCUUGAGGUGUAUUUGUUCGAGGCAGUCUGUGUGAGAUGAAGGUGCAGGACUGUGUUCUGCCUGUGAAGUCCCCUGGAUCAGAGGAGCAGUGGCAGCUGCCAUGUGGAGACUACGGGCAAAGCAACAUCCUGGGGUCGACGGGGCCAGUGCUGCUGUCUCUGAGCCACCCCAUGCAGUUAGUAUCAGAGAGGUCAGAUACCUGUACGUCUUCAUCAACCGUGUCAGAAAAAUAACGUCUGUAUGAAAAUAUAGCAGAUUCCUCCCAGGUACGUGGCUGUGUGUUGUCCUGGUGGCCCACCGUGAGCAGUGACUGGAAAGGCCACUGCCUCCUUUGUGUCCCUUUUCAGCUCUUCUUCCUCACCAUCCCAAAGAGAUCCCGCUGAAACCAUCUCUGAAAUCAGGCCUCAGCAUUCCCCAGAGUGAGUUCCGUGUAGUAGGAAUGGUGUUGACUGUGAGUGGCCCAGACCUGACCACAGUGCCCCUCUCACAAGGAGGUCUGGGAAAAAUAUGGAGGGUCCAUUUGGGCCCUCUGUUCCAUCACACCACAGACAGGAAUUAGGCAGUUUCCUGAGGACCAUGGCACAGAACGUGAGGCCUGGCACCAUGUCCCUAGACUGGGAGAGAGCAUCUUCCUCUGGUUCACUCCCCUGUGAUGAUGCGCUUGGGCCAUCUUCUGUUGCUUUUCCCAGGCCAUUAGCAGGGAGCUGGAUUGGUAGUGGAGCAGCUGGACAUGAACCGGCACCCUGUUUAUUGUUCUGGAUAAUUCCAAAUAGUUUUCCAAAAUAUUGUAGAGUUUUGUUCCCAGAAACAGUGAAUGAAUUUCUGUUUCUGCACAUUGUCAUGUACAAGCCAUGUUGCCCGUUUUAUAAAUCACAGCCA